AUGUUAUUCACCCGAAACGCCACCCGCUCUUUGGAACGACCCAGUCUGGCGGUCGGAUUGCGUACGCUUCGGCUGAUCGGCCUCUGGGGCGAUCGCAGCCGGCGAUGGCUUCGUUAUGCGUUGGCUGUGGUCAGUGUUUUGGUGAUGAUACUUCCGAAAGCCUUCCUCGGUUCCGGCCGAACCGAAUUCGAUUCCUUCGCCCGAAACAUCGCGGAGUUGGUCUUUUUGGGCGAAAAUUGUCUUUCGAUUGCGAUUUUUGCGUUCCGCCGAAAGUCUUUCGAACGGCUGAUUGACGUGUUGGAACGGAUUUUUCAACAGGAAUGGCCGAAACCGCUGCGAGACGAGAUUCAGUUGUUCAACCGGCGGUUGAAUCUUUUCGCUCGAUUGUAUGCUUUCUGGAUCACUUGUAUGGUAAAUGUAUUCCUUAUUGUACCGAUAGCGUCAACCGCGUUGAAACUUAGUGGUUCAAAUGAGAGUGAACGAAGUAACUAUACAUUGGUUUUUGAAGUUCAGUUCUACGGACUAAACAUUCGCCAAAAUCUCGGCCAUUACAUAAUCUACAUGAUUUUUUGCUGCUUGGCUUCUUAUUCGUCGGGCAUUCAAAGCUCAAUCAAGGGAACAGUCUUCCUAAUCAUAUUGCUGUAUGGUUCGAAAUUAUUCGAACUGGUGGAGAAAAGAAUUUCAGAUUUAAAGCAGAUUAAAGCAGCUGCCAAACGCCAUCGAGAGCUUCGAGAGAUCAUUGAAGUGCACAAUUUAGCUUUGGAUUAUUUGCGAUACCUGGAGGAAACGAUCAGCUUUGUGCUAAUCAAUCAAUCUGUGAACUGCAUCAUAAUGUGGUGUUUGAUGCUCUUUUACGUUUCAACUAACUUCGGUCCGGAAGCUACGAACGGAAUAAUGCUGUUCUUUGUAUUGGUCGUAGAAAUGGUAGUUUACUGUAUCAAUGGAACAAUGAUUAGCGAGAAGGCUGGCCGGGUGGCACACGCAAUGUAUGAGCAUCCUUGGUUCGACGACAGGAUUGAACUGAGGCGGAGUGCCAGAUUUAUUAUUCAACGGGCACAGAAACCUGCCGGACUUACUGCGGCCAAGUUUUACUACGUUAACAUACAACGAUUGGGAUCGAUGUGUCAGGCUACCUAUUCGUAUUAUUUGAUAUUGAAAAAGCGAUUCUAA